AUGGAAAUUGUAUUUGGCAAGUUUUUUCAUAUUCUUUGGGGAUACAAAGGGAGACGCCGAAACCGUGCAUUCCAGCCGCUAGGAAAUGGAGCGAGGGUGUGAAGGAAGAAAACUGCAACUCCCAGCAGGCUUUGCGCGGAAACUAAGGCGGUGUAGAGAUGGACCGGACGUUAUCAGAAAACGAGUGUCAAGUCCGAGGGUUCCAGGACUUCCUGAAUUUGAACCAAUAACUGAAGACGACGGAAGGGAUGGGCGGAGCGAUGGAUAACGUUUCCCGACUCGGCUCUUUGUUCCCUCCCCCGCCCCGCCCUCUCUCUGGGAGGAGUGGAGACGUAUGAGGGGGCGUGGUCUCUGCUGAGGUUGGUGGAGGUGGGAGUGGAGGUGAGUGACGUGUCUCCUUCCAGCUCAGCGGCGCGUGAGGUGUCACGGCCGCGCUGGCGAUUGGCUGGUGCGAGUGGCUUACAGAGCAGCCGUUGGUCGCGAGCAGCACGGAGCGAGGCUCUGGGCGGGCGGGGGGGAUAUGGGGCAGCGGCGGCGGUGGCGGCGGCUGGAGGAGGCGGGUGCGGGUGAGCCGGCGGCAACAGCGGCCCCAGCAGCAACAGCAGACUCAGCCCCAGCAGCAGCCGUCCCCCGACGCCCCCUACCCUGAGCGGCCCCUCAGUCCGUGCCUGUCAGUCCACGGGAGAGGGCGGCGCGGGCGCAGUCCCCUCCCGCCUCUCCCGGCCGCUAGCGGCGUCGCCGCCCUCGGCUCUCUCGGUCCCUUCCUCCGGCUCCUGCCCCAGCUCCUGUUUAGGCUCCGACUCCGACUCCAGCUCGGACUCCUCCAUCUUGGCCCCGGCAGCCGAGGCUGCGGAGACGAUGUGCCGCCUUCCGGCCGGGGGAAGAAGGAGGAGAAGAUGAAGAAGUACCGGCGGGCCUUGGCCCUGGUUUCCUGCCUCUUCCUCUGCUCCCUGGUCUGGUUUCCCAGUUGGCGUGUGUGUUGUAAAGAGAGUUCUUCACCUUCUUCAUAUUAUUCUCAAAAUGACAAUUGUGUACUUGAAAAUGAAGAUGAACAUAUCCAGAAAGAGGAGGAAACUGAUAAAUCCAUUAAUACAGAAUUAUUUGGAAAUAUAGACUCAUCCAGGCCUAGUGCACCAGAACAUGAUACCUUAGUAGAUGACUGCAGCAUUGAUGAACAGGAUACACAGUCCAGGAUUUUAAGUUCACCUGUAGUUGAGACACUCCCAUCAAUUGACAUCAAUGGAGAUUCUUCUAGUAUAGCUGCAAAUAUUGAAAAUGUUGAGAAUAUUUCUACCUCAUCUACCUCAGAGAUCACUCCAGUCUCAAAACCUAAUGAAAUAGAAAAUUCCAGUGCUGAUAUCCCACUUUCUACUUUGACUGAAAUUGAGCAGUCUGAAGCUGACUGUACUAUUGAUGGGAGCCUUUAUUCAGACCCCCACGUUGAAAAACAUGGGACUCUUGGUUUAGACCAUCAUGUUGAGCAUUCAGCUUUUGUUGGUACACCAGAAAGUCUUGUUGGUCAGCAUAUAGAAAAUGCUUCCUCUUCACAAGACAAAGGAAUAACUAAAUCAGAAUUUGAAUCAGUUUCAACAAGUGAGCAAGAUGUGGAUCAUCAAAAAUCUGCAUUAAAUGCUUCAGAGAACUUAAAAGAGGUACCAGAUUAUAUAAAGGCUGGAGAUAUUGACCCCACAUCUGUAGUAAGCCCCAAAGAUCCAGGAGAUAUUCCAACAUUUGAUGAAUGGAAAAAAAAAGUUAUGGAAGUAGAGAAAGAAAAAAGUCAGUCAAUGCAUCCAUCUUCCAAUGGUGGUCAGCAUUCAACCAAGAAGGUCCAGAAAAACAGGAAUAAUUAUGCUUCAGUAGAAUGUGGUGCCAAGAUAUUAGCAGCUAACCCAGAAGCCAAGAGUACAUCUGCAAUUCUGAUAGAAAACAUGGACUUAUAUAUGCUGAAUCCAUGUAGCACCAAAAUUUGGUUUGUUAUUGAACUCUGUGAGCCAAUUCAAGUAAAGCAGUUUGACAUUGCUAAUUAUGAAUUAUUUUCAUCUACUCCUAAAGAUUUUCUGGUGUCUAUUAGUGACAGAUAUCCUACAAGCAAAUGGAUUAAAUUGGGCACUUUUCAUGGUAGAGAUGAGAGGACUGUCCAGAGUUUCCCUUUAGAUGAACAGAUGUAUGCAAAAUACGUCAAGAUGUUCAUCAAAUACAUAAAGGUGGAGUUGGUAUCACAUUUUGGAUCGGAACACUUUUGUCCAUUAAGCCUUAUAAGGGUAUUUGGCACUAGCAUGGUUGAAGAAUAUGAAGAAAUUGCUGAUUCUCAGUACCAGUCUGAACGACAAGAGUUAUUUGAUGAGGACUAUGAUUAUCCUUUGGAUUAUGGUACUGGGGAGGACAAAUCUUCAAAAAAUCUUCUUGGUUCUGCUACAAAUGCCAUUCUGAAUAUGGUAAAUAUUGCUGCAAAUAUUUUGGGAGCAAAAACUGAAGACCUUGCUGAGGCAGAAGGAAAUAAGAGUGUAUCUGAGAACGCCCCGGCCACAACAGCCUCUCAGAUGUCAGAUUCAGAGCCCAGCCCCAUUCCAUCACCUGAGUUUGUAACUGCUGAAGGUCAUUUACCAGAUAUAGAGCCACCUAACCCUGACUUUCCCAAAGAAGGCCCAAUUGUACAAUUGGUCCAAGAAGAGGAAGAGGAGCCAAGCCCAUCAACUGUCACUCUUCUGGGGAAUGAUGAGCAAGAAGAGGAAUCCCCGGCCUGGUCUGAGCUGGAGACACAAGCGUACUGCAGCGAGCUCACACCGACAUGCUGCAUAUCUAGCUUCUCAGAGUAUCUGCUGCGGUGGUGUUCUGUGAGAGUUGCUCUUUCUCGUCAGCGCAGCAGAACAGUGGGAAGCAGAGAGGUGCACUCUCGGGUCCCAGCCCAGACUCCACUAUCGCUCUCCCCUGAACCAGUGGAGGCUUUGCUGCCACAGCCUCCGAGUGAGGAACUAGACAGUAAGGGCAUGGAGAAAGAUAUGGAAACUGCUGUGGCACACAACCUAAGUGGUGUUUUUCAUGAAGACCUGGUCAAUCAUACCAGAGAUACUAUUGAACUAGAGCCCAGCCACCCUCCAGCUGUGUCUCAGUCAGUCCUUUUGGAUGCAACUCCAGAAAUCAAGUCAUCCUCAAAAGCAGAGAUUCCUGACCCUAUUAAGAAUGAAGUAGGACAGACAGUGUCACAGCUCUUUCCUCAAGAAAGCAUCAUUGAAGUUUAUACAGAAACAGAAAAAAAGUCUGAGGGCAUUGUGGCGACAGAAAAACAUGCUGUGAUCCAUGAAACAAGUACAGUGGGUGAAGUCAGGGACAGUAGCCUUCGGGAUGAUUUAAGCUCAAUUCCAAUGAUCUUGAAGCCUUCAGAGUCAGUUCUGCCACCCGAACAUAUGGCCUCUGUGGCAGAUGGUGAAGAUGAGGAAGCCAAGGUGACCACCACCACUGACACCUACAAGCCCCUCACACCUCCUGUGGGGGAGCCUUCUCCAGUUUCUGAUAUGAGAGAUGAAGAACAAGCAGCCGAAGAUGUGCUUCUAGCUAUCCCUGUGCAUGGUGGGUUGCAGAGGACAGCUCCUGAUUUUUAUGCUGAAUUGCAAAAUUCAACAGACCUAGGGUAUGCUAAUGGAAAUCUUGUGCAUGGAUCAAACCAGAAGGAAUCAGUCUUCAUGAGACUUAACAACCGCAUUAAAGCCCUAGAGGUCAACAUGUCCCUUAGUGGCCGAUACCUAGAGGAACUUAGCCAAAGGUAUCGAAAACAGAUGGAAGAAAUGCAAAAGGCCUUCAAUAAAACUAUAAUAAAACUUCAAAACACUUCUCGAAUAGCAGAGGAACAGGAUCAGCGGCAAACUGAAGCUAUCCAGUUGCUGCAGGCACAGCUAACCAACAUGACACAGCUAGUUUCUAAUUUAUCCACAACAGUAGCAGAAUUAAAACGUGAGGUUUCAGAUCGACAAAGCUAUCUUGUGAUUUCUUUGGUUUUGUGUGUCAUCUUGGGACUAAUGCUUUGUAUGCAGCGGUGUAGGAAUACUUCUCAAUUUGAUGGAGAUUAUAUUUCAAAGCUUCCUAAAAAUAAUCAUUAUCCCAGUCCUAAAAGGUGUUUCUCCUCUUAUGAUGAUUUGAAUUUAAAAAGAAGAACCUCAUGUCCCCUUAUCAGAUCUAAAUCUCUUCAAUUAACUGGCAAAGAAGUAGACCCAGAUGAUUUAUACAUCGUGGAACCACUCAAGUUCUCACCAGAAAAAAAGAAGAAACGCUGCAAAUAUAAAACUGAAAAAAUUGAGACUGUUAAACCAGCUGAUACAUCACAUCCUAUAGCCAAUGGAGACAUUAAAGCAAAGAAGCCCUUUACGAACCAGAGAGAUUUCUCUAAUAUGGGAGAGGUUUAUCACUCUUCUUAUAAGGGUCCUCCAUCUGAAGGAAGCUCAGAAACCUCCUCACAAUCUGAGGAAUCCUAUUUCUGUGGCAUUUCAGCUUGCACAAGUUUGUGUAAUGGACAGACUCAAAAAACAAAAACUGAGAAGAGGGCUUUAAAACGAAGGCGAUCGAGAGUUCAAGAUCAAGGAAAGUUGAUAAAAACUCUAAUUCAGACUAAGUCAGGUUCAAUGCCAAGCCUGCAUGACUUCAUCAAAGGAAACAAGGAGAUCACGGUGGGAACAUUUGGUGUCACAGCAGUUUCAGGACACAUCUAAAAACUUGCUGAAUUUUUCAUACUGGAGACUUUUGUUGUUCACUGAAGAAGUCUGUGGUAUUUGAAGGGGUUGGGGGGCGGGUUAGGGAGGCAUUAAAAACUAAUGGGAAAAGUAUUCAGAAAUUAUGAUUUCUGCCUUUUUAAGUAGAUGGGAUUGUGUCAAUCUUGGUUAAUGAGCUGCAGUUUUACAAGGCUGAUCACUUCCUACCUGGACAAUGGGAGACAUUUUAUAAAGAUGUUUUUUCAUAGAUUAAUUUCUGGGGCAAAGGUAAUUUGGAAACCCAGUUCCCUGGGUAGAAUAGGAAUGAAAGCCUAAUGCUCUUCCUUCAACUUUGUUCCUAUUUCUUGCACCUUCCCAUAUUUAUGUGCCUUGUGUCUAUUUAUAACGCCACUGGAAGAUGAGAGAGAAAGAGAAACUUGUUUCUAUCAUCUGAUUUCUUUGGUAACAUAAGCUUUUUUGAAGCUGUAAACACUACAUUGCUCUACAAGUGGCUUGUGCCUGAAGCUCAGCCUGUACAUGUAUAUCAGGCAGUGAGGAUCAGAUAUGACUUGCCUAGAAUUCCUCUUGUGUAGCAAACUCACCCAGAAAUAUAAAAGAUUUGCAGGGCUAGAAAGUCUGUCCUCUAAGGGGGAUUGUGAUGCUGUUAAUGGUGUUUUCAUCUUCUUGAUUUAGAAUGAAUUCAUUUAUCCUUGGGAAUUGAAUGAUAUAAACAUAAAGUGGACCACCUAGGACCUUGCAGAUGACCAUUAUUCCCAAACUUAACUUUUUUUUUUUUUAUAAAUUCACCUUAAGUGUGUAUAUAACUACCAUUGUGGGUACUUAUUGGCUACACUUGAAUUCUGAUUAUUCACCAUUAAUACCAAUCCUUUGAAACAUACAAAAUUUGGAGAAGUAGAUUUGGCAAAGGAAAAGACCAAACUUAUGACUGGUAAUAGUGUAAAAUUAUAUUAUCGGUGCAGAGUCCAAAUAUAAACAGUCAUGCCAGUUAGUUUGCCAAACCUGGUCUAUUUAAAUGGUCAAGUCUGAAUGAAAGAUUCCAUAAUGUAUUUGCUUUAGGAUUGGUUACAAAUGUGCAGGGCGGGAUGUUUGGAUGUGUGUGGUUUUUGUCUGUUUUCAUACUUUGUCUUUUUUUUAAAUUUUGGCAGCGAUUGUAUACUUGGAUUACAAUUAUUCCAUGGGGGUAUGAAUGUGCAAUGGUGAGUGAAAUUGGAGAAAGCAUUUUCUUUCUAUAUUGAGGUCUAACAGCUUCACAUUCUUUGUAAGGCUGUUAUAACUUAUUGAGCACUUUUAGUAAUAUCCUUUUUUAAAACCUAUCUGAUGCCUUUUCUAGGUAUUGUAUGUAAUGUGACUUAUUUAAAACCUUUUUUUUUUUUUUUUUUUUUUUUUGCUGCUUUCAUGUUAGUUUACCAAUACGUUUUGGGUGAUGUAAUUUUUGUUGGUCAGUCUGCACAUUUAGCCAUUCAGAGCAAGAGGGCCUGAGUUUUACAAUAAUUAGAAUGAAUUAAGGUCCAAAGUAAGAAUGAGGUAGGGGUGGGAAAAUAAUAUCAUCUGAGUGCAGCAUUCAACAUGUUGAAAAGAAGACUUAUGUAACUACAGAGCUGUAGUGCCAUUAGAAACUGUGAAUUUCCAAAUAAAUCUGAACACUUGUCUUUAUUAA